GCGGGCAGCUCCACCGGGCCGACAGGGGGCGCUGCAGCGGGCUCGGGCCCAGGCGGCAGCCGCCCCGGCUCGUGCCGAGGAGAAGGCGGAAGUGGCGCCCGGCGGGGAGCGGCCGGUGGGGCUGGCGUCUUUGAUUUAGGAAACCUUCUGAAUUAAUCCUGUGGCUCUUUGCUGGAGCAAGAAAAUCUGUGAAAAUCCUGGCUGAACUCCAUUAUACUGUGGAACUUCACAAGUCAGACUGCAGAGCUUUAUUGCACACAAUAAUGUAAGGGCAUUCCUGUGCGGCACUUGACCAGCUGCUAUGAGCUUGCUACACAGCGACAGCAGCUGUGGAGCCCGAGACAUGGAUGGCGGCUGCUGCGCAGCCAUGGCCAGCGCCUGCAGCGGUGGAGCCAAAGAAGACAGCGUGAGCGUGGGCAGCGGGACUGGCAACCCGCCCAGCUCCUUCACGGAGGAGACGCAGGGAUACGAUGUGGAGUUCGAUCCGCCCUUGGAGAGCAAAUAUGAGUGUCCCAUCUGUUUGAUGGCCCUCCGGGAGGCUGUGCAGACACCGUGUGGGCACCGUUUCUGCAAAGGCUGCAUUGUCAAAUCAAUAAGAGAUGCAGGUCACAAAUGUCCAGUAGACAACGAAAUUCUACUGGAAAAUCAACUUUUUCCAGACAACUUCGCUAAACGGGAAAUCCUUUCGCUAACGGUUAAGUGUCCCAACAAGGGCUGCUGUAUGAAGAUGGAGCUGAGACAUUUAGAGGAGCACCAGUUGCACUGUGAUUUCACUGCUGUGGAAUGUCCACAGUGCCAAGGAGCCUUUCAGAAGAACCACCUCAAAGAGCACAUGACACAGGAGUGUCCGCGGCGUCAAGUCUGUUGUCCAAACUGUGCCACAUCUAUGGCUUAUGAAGAUAAAGAGCUUCAUGACCAAACCUGCCCACUUGCCAAUGUAUUCUGUGAAUAUUGCAACACGAUGCUCAUCAGGCAGCAGAUGCCUAACCAUUACGAUAAUGACUGUCCUACUGCCCCAGUACCAUGCUUUUACAGUGCCUUUGGGUGUCCUGAAAAGAUGCAGAGGAAUGAACUAGCACGACACAUGCAGGAAUUCACUCAGGUUCACAUGAGAAUGAUGGCUCAGAGCAUUCAAAAUAUCAGUGUUACUGCUACAAACCCAGUACCCUUUAUCAACGGCCUACCGUUUGAGCCUGCCCUCUUCUCCCAUGUGUCACAUGCCCCAUAUAAUUGUAAUCCGGAAGUUGAGAACUUUAAAGAAACUAUUCAGCAGUUGGAAGGUCGUCUGGUGAGACAAGAUCACCAAAUCAGAGAACUCAUUGCAAAAAUGGAGACGCAGAACACUCACAUGGCGGAACUCAAACGUACCAUCCGAAAUCUGGAGGGAAAGAUUACUGAAAUGGAGGCCCAGCAGUGCAAUGGUAUUUACAUCUGGAAGAUAGAGAAUUUCAGUGGACUUCAGAAAGCCCAGGAAGAAGAGAGACCUGUUGUGAUGCACAGUCCUGGCUUCUAUACUGGAAAACCUGGCUACAAGCUGUGUUUGCGCUUGCAUAUCCAGUUACCAAAUGCUCAGCGGUGUGCUAAUUUUAUAUCUCUGUUUGUCCACACGAUGCAAGGAGAGUAUGACAGCCAUCUGCCUUGGCCGUUCCAAGGCACUAUACGACUUUCUAUUUUGGAUCAAUCAGAAGGCCCUGAAAGGCAGAAUCACGAAGAAGUAAUGGAAGCCAAGCCAGAGUUACUAGCCUUCCAGAGACCAACAAUUCACCGCAAUCCGAAAGGUUUUGGUUAUGUGACUUUCAUGCACCUGCAGACUUUGAAGCAAAGAACCUUUGUAAAGGACGAUACCCUUCUGGUGCGCUGUGAAGUUCUAACACGCCUAGACUUAAACAGCCUUCGCAGGGAAGGAUUUCAAGCUCGCAGUACCGAUGGAGCUGCGUAACCGAGUCUUAACCAGAGGGACGGAGCCCCUGGUCAUACUCUUCCACCACAGAUACAUGCACGCUCCAUUGUCCAUAUAGGCUGAAUGCAUAAGAUCAUAAGUGCCACCAAAGUUGAUCUUCAUCUGAAUAGCAAUAUGAGGUCAUGUGUUUGAAUACUAGCAAUUGUUCUCUAUUAAGGCUGUAAGCUAAUUCUGUAGCAAGCUAACUAAAAGUAAUGUGGUUAAUCAAAACUUUACUGCCUACAAGAAAAUCCUAGUGAAGUACCUAGACAUUUCCAUUUUGGCAAAGCAUAAGUAAGUCAUAUCAGAAAAGACUGCUAAGUCUCUGCAGCUCAGUGCCUUGGAAUAGAUGCUGCAACUGGGAAAUCGUAGGUGAUUAUUUAUCAUAAUAAAGAUGAGGGUUGGGCUUUUUUUCAUGGAGCUUGGGAAAGCUUUGCCUUGGGUAAGAUGGCUUCUACAUUGACUUACCUAGGAUUUUUAAUUGACUAUGCUUCUGUUGAAAUCUGAAGUCAGGUUUAGACUUUGCUAAUGUAAUCUAGAGUGAGACGCUUUGACUCUUUUCUGCUGCAGUUAGCUUCAGGAAGUUGCGUGUCAAUGUCAAGUUGUUAUUAGAAUUUCUGAAAGGCAGGGGGUAGUGUUGUGAGGAAGGUUAAAUGAGCCAAGUUCUUUGAAGAAAUAUUUGUAAGAUGGUCCAAAAGCGCUACUCCCCACUGCUAUUUUGACCCAUACUUUGUAAGUGUGAGUGUGUGUUCCAGGCCCAGAAUAUCAACUGCUGUCACUAGAGGUAAGUGUAGCAUUAGACUGAGAUGAAUUUUCAGGUGGUGGGUAGAUACAUGAGCAAAGGGCUAUAGUAACUAGACAGGGUUGUAGAAUUUGUUUUAUUGUGGAAACUUAAAUUUGAAGCAGCGUUGAACUUCAGAUCUGCAUCUGAGUCAUCCCUUCCCUUGAUGUUCUGGGUGACAUGUGAGCUACAUCAUCUUCUGUUAAUUCUCAGUGGACAGCUGGCCAUGUCAGCAUCCAGCUGUUGUGGCCAUUUCCUGUCCCAUGAGACAGUAAGACCUUGUGCUGCUGCAGCACUUCAGGAGGGAGGAAAAGCCUCUUAAUUAGCAUGAGGAAAAAUUCUGUUUGUUCUCAGGAAAAAAGAAGCCUGCCUUCCUUAACGGCUCUUUAACCAAACACUAAGUUCACCAGUUCAAGGAUUCAUGAGCUUCCUCAUGUGUUGCAUGUGUUAGUGUUUCUCUACUGCUUAUUUAUAGCCAUAUAAGUACUAGUUUUGACCAUUCAAAGCUGAGCAGGUAAGUUCACUGGUGCUAAUAAUUUACCAUGGUACUGAUGAAGUCUGGAUCUUUCUUUUCCUUCAAAAACAGCAAAGAGAAGUUUUGUUCAUGCCCUAACUGCAUUGUACAGCCCAAGGCAGAGGGGGAAAAAAAGUAAGCCCUACAGAGGCAUCUCUUUACCGUUAUUUCUGCAAACUAGUGAACCAGUGUAAGGACUUAGGAUGCUGCAACUUACUUAAAAGACUCCAAAAAGCAUCCCAAGUAUACAGUCCCUUCAAAGCAACCUCACGGGAAUCAUCAGUAGGGAAAGUGCAUAUACUUAUUUAAUAUAUACAAGACUAAUGAACAAAUACUACGGUGUAUUAAUUUGGGAGAUUUUUUCACCUACUUGCAGGAGCUUAGAAGUUGCUGGCCUCUACCUUUACCAGUCUGUUCAGCUGGAUACAAUGAACUGAUUUAUUUUGCAGGUAGAGCCUAGUAUAAUUGAAGAGAGAUUUUCAGUUAAGUGUUGUCACUGUUGAAUACUGAACUUCUGGCUGAUUGUACAUGUGAGAGUCACAACUGCCUUUUUAGGGUACUUGGUACGUUUGGAGGACAAGUAGGACAAGUGAGCUUAUAUAUUCAAUAACAGGAAAAGAUCCAUGCUUCAAAUCUAUAUUUUUAAGUCAAUUCUAUAUUGCAUAGCCUUGUCCUAUUAACUGAAUUGUUCCCUAGAUCUCCAGUUAGAGCAGUGUUAGUAGUUAAGUCAUGCUCAAUGAAGAGCUUUCACUACAUGUAACAGUGCCCAGACCUGCUAUAGACAGAAGGCAGUUCCUUACACCACACAGUAGUUCUCCAGUCAUUUUCAGGCUGUUAGUUAUUGACCUUUCUCCAAGAUACUCAAGCAUGACCACUCUCCUUUUUCUGCCUUUCUCCCCUGGCCCAUCCAGAAGAAGGACUGUUAAGUUGUAGCAGGAAGCAGCACUCAGUUCCUUACUCAACCCUGGUGAUGUUAACAAAAGGUCCCUGUCUUUGCUCUGAGUGUUUAUAAUGAAGACCUACGAGGUGCAUUAAUACUUCCCUUUGGAGCUUUGUGUUAGGAACUCUCAACUACAAAAAAACUGAAUUCUUGCUUUGAGCCUUAUCUGCUUCAUUCGCUGUAGUUCUGCCUCAGGAACUCCAUUUGCUGGCAGGUUCAGGAAUUUAAAUGCUACAGGUUAACAUUAUGCAAUAGUACAACCCAAUUCCAAAUAGAAAGCAUGUAUUGACCACAUAAGUAAGUAGGAAUGCUCGAGUCACUGCUGCUCUUCUACUCAUUUGUAUUUUGAUAUUAUCAAGUAGAACGCAGAGUGACACCAAGUUACCGUAGUGCCAGAGUUUUACAUAAGAAACUUUGACGGCUAAUGUGCUAAAUAUUAAUUUCUCCUGCCCUGAAACAUAAAUGUUAAUGAAAUAUUAAUUUGUCUAUUUGUUCCAGUUCCCUCAUCCUUUCCCCACCUUUAAUUGCAGUUCCAGUACUUUCUCUUCCAAAUAAGAAUAGCAUCUUCAGCCAAUGGAACAACUUAGAAGUCUGGAUGGUCCCCCUUCACUGUAGUCUUCAUGACUAUUAUCCUUUAUUCAGACUUCCCUGAGGUUAUACUAAGAUGCUCAGUUUCCAUAUGAAAAUAUUUUUAGUUGAAUAGCCUCUUCUUUCCAACCUUACAUGUCUUCUGUUUUGGAAAAUGAUUAUACCAGAGUGGGUUGAGAACUCCUUAAAAAUGGAUGUGGAAUGGCAGGCAGCCUUGAGAGUUGUAUCUGAAACAGACACAAAAAUAGGGGUAUUAAGUCAGGUUCUCUACUCCCGUCAUUCUUGAUGCUUUGCAGCAUUAUUAGAUCUCAAGGUGUUUUAGUAAGUAAGUGGCUUAGCUUCUUUAUCUUCUGCAUUUCUGUCACCUUGAAUGUGUUUAAAAGUCAGACUCUUAGUAUAUGUAUUUGCUAAGCUGCUAUGGCACAUUUUCCAAUUAUAAUGUAUUGCAAAUGUGUUCUCUUUUUGCCUCUGAAUGUCUUCCCCUGCAGGGCAGGGAAAAAAUUACUGAAAAUAUUGGUAUGUGAUAUAUAGGUGGGAGCUCAGAUAACAUGAGCUAUUUAGAUUUUUAAGUGGUCUUAUGAUGUGCCUGGUUGUGUUUGCUAGCGAGGGAUAAACUCGCUAAUGGAAGAAAUCAGGGUGGCCUUUCUACUCUUAUUUAGAGAGACUUUCUCAUCGUCAAGUACCUUAAUGAUAGAUGCAAGAGAUCAUUCUGGGGUUGGUGUUAAAGGUUUGUAUUGGUUUCCAUUUGAACAGAAUUUAAAGUACUCUUGUUCCUUUUAAAGUAUCAAUAGAUUAAUAUAUUUUGUAAUUAAAACACAGCUAUAUUUCUGACAGGAUUUUUAAGAAAAUAAAGUAAUUAAACCACG